GGUUAGAUGGUUUUUAAUGUCCUUGUGAGAAAAGGCAACAGCACAAAGGUAGUUAGAAGUUCCUCUUACACUCUUCCAGCAGCCAGCUUGUGUGUCAGCCCACUGCUAUUCUCCAUUAGUGCCAUAUGCAAUAGUGUUGUGCAGAAUCCUGUGCCCAUAGCCUAUCAGGAAGGUAGUCGUUGCUGGUGUUCUUUAUGCAGCACAUAGUUAAGCUAUGGAACUCACUUUCACAGGGGGCAGUGAUAACUACCAACUUGGACGGCUUUAAAGGAUAAUUAGACAAUUUCAUGUUCAACAACAUGUCUCUGAAUAUCAGUUGCUGGCAACUGCAAGUGGGCAGAGUGUUGUUGCGCCCAUGUCCAGCUUGAAGGCCACAUGGGCAUCUGAUUGGCCACUGUGAGAACUCUUAUACCCCUCAUUUUUGGGGGGAUUGUGGCUCUUAGGGGGUCUCCUAAAAACUAAGCACCCAUGGACUAUAGUUCUCAGGAUUCUUAGAGUGGGGGGGAACCAUGACAAUGGUAUAAAGGCGCUUUAAAUGAAAGUUGUGGAUGAGACCAAACCAGGCAUAGGCAAGUUCGGCCCUGCAGAUGCUUUGAGACUACAGCUCCCAUUAUCCCUAGCGAGCAGGACCAGUGGUCAGGGAUGAUGGGAGUUGUAGUCCCAAAACAUCUGGAGGGCCGAAUUUGCCUAUGCCUGGACCAAACAAUGCAUAUUCAUAAUCUUGUUCCUCUAAAGAACAGCUGAGUGUGCUGCACUUGCAGAUAUCCAGUUCUACCUUCUCAACAAGCCUGCGGGGUAGGCUGGGCUCAGAGAUAAUAGCUGAUCCAAGGUCAUGAAGAGACCUUUGUGGGUGGUGCAAGACCGGAAGUGCAGUUUUGCGUACCCUGCACUGCUGUUUGGUAUCAUACUGGUUUGGCUCUGGGUUGUUGUUUUUAAACAGCACAUUUCUAGUGCACUGCAAAAAGGGACUCACUGCUGUCUUCUAGCCUCUCGCUAUAAAAAUGGAACAUUUUACAUUAUGUCUACUAUAUUCACUGCUGGGGAAGAGCAAAUAAGCUCACCCCGCUUGCACAACCUCACCUCUUGCUGAUUUCUGAGCAAAGUAACGUCUGCACGCGGCAGCUUGCUUCUUACUGCCAAAAAAGGGACCGCAAUUUCGCAAAACUACAAAAUAUCGCGUGUUUUUAUUGGCCUCUUAGUGUCUUUAAAGAACAAAUCGCCUGAGCCGCCGCAAGGAGAUAGUUAUUUGGGAAAAGUGGAGAAACAAAACAUUACGAAACAAUCGUUCUUACUCGCUUUUUAGCAUCAACGGUGUUCCCAAGAGUGGUUCUCCGCCCUCUACCUACCCCGGUGGCGUUUAUAGCUUUAGCGCGCACAUUUACGGGCAGCCUCCCCUACAUAACUCUGGAACGUUCAUGAUUCCGGCGUUCUAUUAAUAUCAAAGGAGCCUCCGCUGCUCCGGAACUUUCGCGUCUUGGGAGUUCUGACGCCGCCGUAGCGCUGGAACGUUCGGGUUUCCGGCGUUCUAUCAACAUCAAAGUGGUACCCGCCGCUUCGGAACUUCCGCGUGCCGAGAGUUCUGCCCGCCACCAAAGGCUUCUCCGCUCAGCGCUGCGCCAGCUUCCCUUCCAUCCAUCCCCGGCGCUGACUCCAGCUGAUCCCCAUCUGCCGCUUCGCUCCGUCGUCAGCUCCGCCUCCCAACCCGGCAGCGGGAAGUGGCUUUGGCCUCCUGUAUGGCUCCUCCGCUCCUUCCGGUCCCUCCUCUCCUCUCGCCGGCUGUGUCUCUCGGUGCCCUCAGCACGAGGGUGCCGGCCCAGGAGGGCUCCCCAGAACGCUCUGCUUCGCCUUCUGCUGAGUGGCGCUGAGUCCCGCAGGCGCCUCCCAGGAUGAAGUGCCACUACGAGGUGCUGGGGGUGAAGCGCGACGCCUCCGACGAAGACCUGAAGCGAGCCUACCGGAGGCUGGCGUUACGUUGGCAUCCAGGUAUUUAUUAUUUACUUGUGUCAUAAAUAUAUAUAUAGAUACCGCUUUAGAGCCGCUUUCAAAAAGAUAAGACCAUAAAAUGGGAGCGGGGGUGGGGCGCGUUACAAUACAUUGAAACACAGAGAAGUUAAUAUACAAAACAGGAUUAAAAUUCCCACCAGCAUUUCUAAGCCUCUGGGUGGGCUUGUCUAAAGGAGGAUGUUUUCAGCAGGCGCCGGAAAGAGUAAGGCGAGGGCGCCUGCCUGAUAUCACUAGGGAAGGAGUUCCAAAGGGCAGGUGCUGCCACACUGAAUGAUCGAAUUGUUAGAAAUGCGGUAAUUGGGUGUUGUGUGGCACCUGGCGUCAAUUACAGCCAGGCCUUACGGGGGAGGGGUCGAGAUAGUUUCUGCCUGACCUCGUGGUACCCAUCUGGCCUCUGGGAUGUCUCCCCCGCCCCACAAAAACAAUCUGGAAAGAAAUGAAGCUUUGAGAGAGAGAAACAGCGUGCAGCGUUUCUUUCCUAUUGCCUGAGACUCAACUUCCUUUAGUCAGGUCUUGAUCCUAUGCACAAUUACCUGGAAGUAAGCCCCAUCGGAAAAACAAAGAGUUUACCUCUGAGAUGUGGUAUAGGCGACUGCUCUAUAAGUUGGUUUAAUAGCUGCACCUAGCAGUUCUGUUAAAAUGAAAAUCAAGUGUCUUACACUUUUCAGUGCAAAAUCAUUGCAUACUCUGCUUAACAACAUCAACAGUGAGGGCUACAGACUUGGUGCCUCUGUAUUGUGACUAAUAUUAAAUAAAAGUUGGUAGCCUAGAAUGAAGCUGUAUUCUUAAUCCGACACCUGAUUAGUUAUUAAUUGAUGCUAGCUUAAUAUCCUGCUUUUUGACCCUCUUACUGUGUGCAGAGGGGCUUAGAAUGGAAAACGGUAGUUUGAUGUAAAAUAUAAAAUAAGCAGUUAAUAAGUCAUCGUUUGAUAUAUUUCCAAGAAGUGUAGCUUUGUUAGUCUGUUGUAGCAAAAAAGAGCAAAGACUCUUGUUAAAGAAUAACAAAUUUAUUAUGGCAAAAACCUGCACCAUAACCAAUUUGUUUGCCUUUAAAAAGUGCUAAAGAAUUCUCAGCUGUUUUCGUCCAGUAUAUUAGAUAUAUUGAAUAGCCAACUAAUAUAUUAGUUAUACUGUACUCAGAAUAGGCCAUUGAUUUCAGUGCAUGUACUCUUAAGAAUGACUGGCACUGGAUGCCAACCAUAUUGCUUUGUUAUGUUGUACUCUUGCAUUAUUCAAACACAGGAAGGGUGUCUCUGCAUAGUUUAUUAAUUGUUUUAGUGAGGUCAUAAUAACUGUGGCUGGCAGCACAAAUGCUAUGGAGUGCGCUUUCUAUGAGCAACCUCUGACAACAUGAUCCUAUACAUGUUUACUCAAAAAUAGAUCCCAUUGAGUUCAGGGAGGCAUCAGCAGCAGGAGCCCCAAACAUUGCAGAAUCACAAAACCAACGUUGGGGGGAGACCCCCCAAAAACAGCCCAGUGAAGACUUGUAUGCUCACUGCCUGACUGAUAUGGGAGCUCUUCAAUGUUUUAAGGCAUGUUCCAUGUGGCAUCUUUUAUGUCUUGAGCCUAAGCCUUCCUACUUGAAAGCACACCCCGUGGUGAUCAAUAAGGAUUAAUAACUGUCCUUGAGGAAUGAUUAAGGGCAGGCAUCCCCAAACUUGGCCCUCCAGCUAUUUUUGAGACUACAAUUCCCAUCACCUCUGACCACUGGUCCUGUUAGCUAGGGAUGAUGGGAGUUGUAGUCCCAAAACAGCUGGAGGGCCAAGUUUGGGGAUGCCUGAUUAAGGGUCUGGAAUCCAAGCCUUAAGAGGAACGGUUGAAGGACUUGGGUAUGUAUAGCCUGGAAAAGAGGAGACUGAGAGCAGGUAUGAUAGCCAUCUUCAAAUAUCUAAAGGGUUGUCACAUAGAAGAUGGGGAAAGCUUGUUUUCUCCUGCUCUGGAGGGUAGGAUUCAAUCCAAUGGAUUCAAGUUACAAGAAGGGAGAGUCUGACUAAACAUCAGGAAGAACUUUCUGACACUAAGAGCUGUUCAACUCUCUCCCAAGUUGGUGGACUCUCCUUCCAUGGAGUUUUUUAAGCAGAGGUUGGGUGACCAUCUGUCAUGGAUGCUUUAUAGCUGAGAUUCCUGCAUUUCCAGUUCUGGCUGGUUCGCCAGCUAUGGCCCCUUUUGGCCAGAAAUACUUGGCCAUUGCACUUGUAAACUUCUAAAAGGAUCCAGAAGAAUUAUCGACGAAAGAAGAAUGACGGAUAAAAUUGAUGGACUAUGCAGAACUGGAUAAAUUAACAGGAAGGAUUUGAAACCUGCGGGAACAGAGAUUCUUAGAAGACUGGAGUAAAUAUGCAAACUAUUUGAAAAGUAAUCUAAUGAACAGAUUACGCUAGUAGGACUGCAAGAAGUUUUGUAAGGAGGACUAUCUGAAAUAUUGCAAGAAAGACUAUGAGGAGAAUUAUUAGUUAAUGAUAAUUAAGAGUAAUAGAGAAAUUAAGAAAUGCAGAAUAAGUGAUAAAGAACGGAAAAUCAUCAGAGGUGUUGACGGAAGUCUAAAACGUUGUAUAAGAUAAGAAGUUAUGUUAUAUGAGUGUUGGAAAUGAUGUGUUAAAAAACCCCAAUAAAAAUGUAAAAAAAGAAAGAAAAAGAAACUCCUAAAAGGAUCCAAAACGCAGUAGCUGGAUUACUGGCUGGUGUGCUGUUCAAAACCUGCGCGGCCCAUUUCAAAACAGCUACACUGGUUUUCCGUAUGUUUCUGAGCCCAGUUCAAGGGGUUCACAUACGUACCUAAAACCUGAAAGACUCCCCCCCUUCCCUUAGGACUUCCCCUAAGCUGUGAAAUCCCCUCCCCACAGAGGUGCCCUUGACACCUGGAUUCUAUCGCUUUCUCUGUAUGCUGAAAACCCGUCUCUCUACCCAUACCUUAAACACCUGAGUUACAUGAAUUGUAGCCAGCACUCAAUAUCCUCAGAGUAAAUCCAUUGAAAUGGAACGGUGGCACCAGUAAGAAGAGCAUGAGGCUCCUGAUCUGAGGGUCAUGGGUUCAAGCUCCACGUCGGACAAAAGAUUCCUGCAUUGAAGGGGGUCAGACUGGAUGACCCUCGUGGUCCCUUCGAGCUCUACAGUUCUGUGGGCUUACUCUGAGGGAAACAAAUAUUGGAGGAAACGCUGUAUUUUUUGGACCCACCCUGUUCAUCUUGCUGUAAAUUAUUUUGGCUGGUUUAAUAUAAUUAAUAAUAAUAAUAAUUUUUAUUUAUACCCUGCCCUCCCCGGCCAGAGCCAGGCUCAGGGCGGCUAACACCAGUAAAAUUACAGUAAAAACAUAAUAGGGGAGGGGGACCAAUUUAAAAUACAGGAUAAAAUGCAAUUUAAAACGCAGCCUCUUUUUAAAAGUAGCCUAUAGAUCAAAACCGUAAAGGGAGGGAAGCAUAAGGGUCAGACUGAGUCCAAACCAAAGGCCAGGCAGAACAGCUCUGUCUUGCAGGCUCUGUGGAAAGAUGUCAAGUCCCGCAGGACCCUAGUCUCUUGUGACAGAGCAUUCCACUAACUCGGGGCCAGUACUGAAAAGGCCCUGGCCGUAGCUGAGACCAACCUAACCACCUUGUGACUUGGGACCUCCAAAGUGUUGUUAUUUGUGGGCCUUAAGGUCCUCCGCAGGGCCUACCAGGAGAGGCGGUCCCUUAGGUACGUGGGUCCUAGGCCGCAUAGGGCUUUAAAGGUCAAAACUAGCACCUUAAACCUGACCCUGUACUCUACCAGGAGCCAGUGCAGUUGGUAAAGCACUGGGUGAAUGUGAUCCCGCGGCAAGGACCUUGCCACAGCAUUCUGCGCCCGCAGAAUUUACUUCCUGCCAUGUCACUGGCGCUUUCCUGUUCUUCCCUGAUUUCAACCUGGCCGUGUUGCUUAAAUCCCUCUGCUGUGUCUCUGCAGACAAGAACCUCGAAAACGCUGAAGAAGCGGCUGAGCAGUUCAAGCUGAUCCAAGCUGCGUACGACGUCCUGAGCGAUCCCCAAGAAAGAGCCUGGUAAGCCUUUGCCAUCUCCUCUCCUGGAUGGUUGCAGUCCGAGUCCCCACUCAGCUGCCUAUGAUAGAGUCUAAGCCAAUGCCCUGGGACUGAAAGGAGAAUGGUGAUUUUCUUCCAUUCUGCACUGAAAAGCUUCAGGCUUUGCUUUCUGUUCUUCUUCUUAGGUACGACAAUCACAGGGAAGCUUUGCUGAAAGGGGGCGUCGAUGGAGAAUACCAAGAUGACAGCCUGGACAUCUUCCAAUAUUUCACCGUUACCUGUUACUCUGGCUAUGGAGAUGAUGAGAAGGUAACUCAACACGAAGAGAACCAUAGAAGUUAGGCAGUGUCCAGUGAGACCUGUAACAGACGUUGUUGCACUGUGGUAGAUUCCUGUCCACAAUACCAGCCAGCCUUGCUGUUUUCAAGAUAUUACACUCUGUUUCCCGUCUCAAGAUCCCUUUUAUUUGUUUUAAUUUUUUUUGCAUAUUAUUUAUUUUUUAACAUUCUUAUAAUGCAUCGGUAAACAUUGUCAUAUUACAUUACAAGGCUUAUUAUAAUAUACUUUCCAACAUUUAUACAAAGAUUAUAUACAAAUUUUAUAUACCUGAAAAGAAAGAAAAAAUUAAAGGGAAAAAAGAAAGAAACAAAAACUUUUCCAAAAUCAUAUGCAUACCAACACGUUGGACUUCCCGUCUUUCCCGCCGUAUAUCCCCCCCUUUUUUUUACAAAUGAAUGUACUCUUAUUAUUGUAUAUUUCUUUUACGUUUUAUCUAAUACAUUCCUAUAACAAUAUGUGCUUUUGAUCUUAUGUUUUAUCAGCCAACAGGUGGCUGUGGCUGCUGAGCUCACAGAGUUCUUUCUUCCCCCUUCUCUUCUUAGAUUCCACCCACAAAAUAUUUUUUUGGGUGCUUCUGCAAACCAUGGCAUUCCUCCAAGUCCAGAGACACCUCCCUCCCUUAUGCAUAGGUUAUAGUUACCCAGAGAACUAAAUCACUAAUUUGCAGCCUCAUUGAUCCAGAAAAUCGUGGGAGCAAAGCGAUUCAAUUGGGGGUGGGGUGGGGUAUACCAGCGUCCAGCUCUUUCCUGGAGGAACAGAAGCAUGUGUCGUGUGCAGAAAUCGGGGGGUGGGAGGGAGUAGCGACAAUGUCCGAUGAUGUUGGUACCCACUGCUGUGAGCAAAAUUUAGAACGACAUGCCCAUAUGUUGGUUAAAAAGUCACAUUUCCAUAAUGCAACACGUCCUGCAGUGUGACAGGAACAUUAGAAAACAAACUAAUCUGGGAAACUAACAGGAUAUUCCUCACAUCUGAAUGCACCUUAACGGGGGAUGGUUACAAACCAGCCCAACAGUUGAAUUGUGUAUCAGAAGCUGGGAAACCUGAACAGUUCUUCCCACACACCAUCACUUCCGUUUAGUCACCUGUGCAGGUAACUGAGCCCUGCCUUCUCUCUCUGCGAUCUCUUUCAGGGCUUCUUCGCGGUGUAUCGGCACGUCUUCGAAAUGAUUGCGAAGGAAGAAAUGGAAUCCAUGCCGGAGGAAGAUGCUGAAGAAUUUCCAAGUUUUGGAGACUCCCAGAGUGACUUUGACACGGUAAGAAGCCAAGGCUGCAGUCUUGUACACACCUUGUUGUUGUUGUUUAGUCGUUUAGUCGUGUCCGACUCUUCGUGACCCCAUGGAUCAGAGCACGCCAGGCAUUCCUGUCUUCCACUGCCUCCCGCAGUUUGGUCAAACUCAUGCUGGUAGCUUCAAGAACACUGUCCAACCGUCUCAUCCUCUGUCGUCCCCUUCUCCUUGUGCCCUCCAUCUUUCCCGACAUCAGGGUCUUUUCCGGGGAGUCUUCUCUUCUCAUGAGGUGGCCAAAGUAUUGGAGCCUCAGCUUCACGAUCUGUACACACUUACCUGGGGGUAAGUCCCACUGAACUCAGUGGGGCUUACUUCCGAGUAGACAUAUAUAGGAUUGCACUGUAGACUCAUCGGCUCAUAGAACUGUAGGGUUGGGAAAGGGACCUCAAGUGUCAUCUCACCCAAAACCCUGCAAUGGAGGACUAAUUGAUUUGUAACACAGUUUUUUGCAUGGUGCACCUGUAGUUUUGUUUGCUGCUAAAUCGCCCCCAAAUGCUGGUUGUCAGGGGACCGCCAUCGGAACAGGGAAGGGAGGCAGAGGGGCAGUUGGGAUACAGGGAUCUCUGAAAAUCCUGAGAAGCAGUUCCUCUUCCUGCGAUGGGGAAAGCCACACCUCCAGUGGGGAAGAGGGGAAGGGACCAGAGGAUGCUGCUGGGAGCCUCAGCACCGCCCCUCGUCAGUCUGAGGGUGGGAAAAGCCACACCUCCCGGGUAAAGGAGGGGAAAGGGCUAGAGGAUGCUGCUGGGAGCCUCAGCACCGCUCCUGGCCAAACCAGCCAGGAGGGAAGCAUGCCUCUUCCGUCGCCCACCUUGCGCAGAGGUGUAAAACGCAAAGAAGGAAGGAAAAGGCUGGGGGUGACUAAGCUCUUAUGUUGGGGGAGGACCCGGAAAUGACCGCUCCCGGAUUCUGCUAGCGAUUGCGGCAGACAUGAACUUGUGGUUCUGCACCGUAAAUAGUUUUGCACCAAAACAAAACCUGUAGAAGACAGGUCAGAGUCCUGACUGGUUACUCACGAGCAACCACCACUACCAUCUGACACUGGUAUUACAUAGUGGACGUUCCUCUUCUCCACCAGUGCAAUUGCUUCUUUCCAGAAAUCUAGACUGGUGAUCUAGGCUCCUAUGGUGAGGCCUUCUAUAUGAACACAUUAAAAUCUACCAUGACACCUCCAUGGAGUAGAGGGCCCCCUCUUCUGAUCCUGAUACCCGAGAGAGUCUGUAGGGAAGGAGGUCGUCUUCCAUGUCUUUUGGGGGCCUUCGUCAUGUAGGUCUUCAAACUCUAAUGUGAGCACCUUGAAUCGGGCCUGGAAACCAACUGAUAGCCAGGCCAGCUGUUUGGAAACAGAGCCUAGGUGAAAUCUGAGGGUACCCUGUCACUAAUCUGGCCGCUGCAUUUUGAGCCAGUUUUGAAGUUUCUGAGUUGAUCUUCAAGGGCAGCCCCAUGUAGAGCACAUUGCAGCAAUCCAGCCUGUCAGUUGCUAGGCCAUGGCCUACAGUGGCCAAGUCCUUCCUGUCCAAAAGGGGUUGCAAAUCGUCCCUUUAAAGGACUAAUUUUGAAAGGUAGUUAAUUGUUGAUCCUUCCUUCUGUGCUGUCUCUCCUCUCUCCUCCCAAGUAGGUCGUCCACCCCUUCUAUGGAUACUGGCAGAGUUUCUGCACCCGGAAGAAUUUUGCCUGGAAGGAAGAGUAUGACACCAGGCAGGCGUCCAACCGCUGGGAGAAGCGAGCGAUGGAGAAGGAGAACAAGAAGACGCGCGACAAAGCCAGGCGGGAGCGCAAUGAGCUGGUCCGCGAGCUGGUGGCCUUCAUCCGGAAGAGGGACAAGCGGGUUCAGGCGCACCGGAAGCUUCUGGAAGAGCAGAACGCCGAGAAAGCGAGGAAGGCGGAGGAGCUGCGCCGGAAGCAGAAACUGAAGCAAGCAAAGUAUGGGAAGCUUUCUCUUAGCCGAGAGCCCGUCACUGAAUUAUUUUACCGUAUUUUUUGCUCUAUAAGACUCACUUUUUCCCUCUUAAAAAGUAAGGGGAAAUGUGUGUGCGUCUUAUGGAGCGAAUGCGGCUGCGCAGUUAUCCCAGAAGCCAGAACAGCAAGAGGGAUUGCUGCUUUCACUGUGCAGCAAUCCCUCUUGCUGUUCUGGCUUCUGUGAUUCAGAAUAUAUUUUUUCUUGUUUUCCUCCUCCAAAAACUAGGUGCGUCUUGUGGUCUGGUGCGUCUUAUAGAGCAAAAAACACGGUAUUUACUUUCAUGGUAUAUAUCCUAUCCUUUGCAGAUUGCAACAGCCAGAUAGGGAAGGAUCCAUAAAAGAACACCACCCUUUGCAACGCAUAACAAAAAAAUUAAUCCAUCCCUGCCUGUAGAAAACUAUCACGUCAAAGCAGAGGCGAGGUUGGAAGUUUCCUUCCUGAAAUGCAGUUGUCUGUUUGCAGGGGGAGACAUAAGGAAGGACUCAGUGCUGGCUCCCAUGUUUUUUGGGGGAGGUGGGCUUGGGCAAGAUGCACUUACCAUGCCCUGUUUGCUUCCCCUAAUCCUCACCACUGCCCAGAAAGGGAACUUGACGUAAAGAUGGAGAAGCUGCGGGGCUCCAGAUUGUUGUGGAACCUCAACUCCCAUCAUGCCUGGCCAUUGGCCGUACUGGCUGAAGCCAAUGGGAGCUGGAGUCCAGAAACAUUGGAGCGCCACAGCUUCCCCGUGGUGUAGUGGUUAAGAGUGGUGGACUCGUAAUCUGGUGAACCGGGUUCGCUUCCCUGCUCCUCCACCUGCAGCUGCUGAGUGACCUUGGGCUAGUCACACUUCUCUGAAGUCUCUCAGCCCCACUCACCUCACAGAGUGUUUGUUGUGGGGGAGGAAGGGAAAGGAGAAUGUUAGCCGCUUUGAGACUCCUUCGGGUAGUGAUAAAGCAGGAUAUCAAAUCCAAACUCCUCUUCUUCCCCACAUCUGCUUGGUCUGCUCACUCUUGUCACUGCUUGCGUUCUCGCUGUGAGUUGUGGGGACAGGCAGGAAGUGCGAAGGGGAGCAGCAGCAAGGGGAGCAGAGCCUCUGAGCAUGCACAGUGGGCCUCUGUGGUGGUGUGGACCUAGGUGGCUGUCCAUUGAUGCUGGACACCAGACCUGAAGACAGAGACUGUUACCACUGUGCCUCAUGUUCUCUGAACGGUUCAGGGACUCAUAAAAUCAGAGAACUGUAGAGUUGUAAGGGACCUUGUGGAUCAUUUAGUCCAACCCACCUGCGAUGCAAGAAUCUCAACUAAAGCACCCAUGACAGAUGGCUAUCCAACCUCUGCUUAAAAACCUCCAAGGAAGGACAGUCCACAACCUUCCAAGGGAGUCAAACAGCUCUUAACGGUCAGAAAGUUAUUCCUGAACCAAUCCAUUGGUUCGAGUCCUACCCUCCAGGGCAGGAGAAAGCAAACUUUUGCUCCUUCUUCCAUGUGACAGUCUUGACGAUAUUUGAAGGUAGCUAUCCUAUCUCCUCCCAGUCUCCUCUUUUCCAGGCCCAGCUCCUUUAACCGCUCCUCAUAAGACUUACCAUACUUUCCCGUGUAUAAGACUAGGUUUUUUCCUUUAAAAAUUAUGUUAAGAAAAGGGGGGGGGGUUGUCUUAUACAUCAGGCAAUUCCCCCCCCCCCAUUUUCUUCAUUUGGAAUCCUCAAAAAUAGAGGACGUCUUAUACAUGAAAAAAUACGGUAGUUUCCAGAGUCUUGAUCAUCUUGGUUGCCCUCUUCUGCACACUUUCCAGCCCGUCCUUCUUAAAUUGUUCUGUCCCUUCAUCUCAGCGUUGGAUUUAGGGCAGUGCCUAUAUUGGUAUGGCUACCUACUGGGGGCUGGGGGCGGGAAGCAAGUAUACCCAAAAGGAAUUACUGUGAAAACAAGCAAUAUUUGUUGAGGAAGGAAGCACCAAAUUAUGUCCUUGCUCAAGGCACGUAUUUCCUGAGUCUGCCCCUGCUUCAUCUGUUUGGGAGAUUCGAGAGUUCUUUGCUGGUGGGGCCAUUUUGAUAGCCAAGCAUGUCACACAAAUCGAACCUUCUCCUUUCAAAGGCUGGUGGAGCAGUAUAAGGAGCAGAGCUGGAUUGUCAUGUCCGAUCUGGAGCGAGAACUGCAGCAGAUGGAAGCCCAGUACGAAAAGGAGUUUGGAGAUGGUUCUGAUGAAGGAGAGAAGGAGGAGGAGCAGGAGUCAAAAGAUGGUAAGGGAGAGAUUGCAGUUUGCCACUAAUGGCAGAGCCGGGUCAACCUGCCAGUGUUUUCUGCUGGGUUCCAGACUAGGGGAACUUGCCAAGCAGCCAGAGGUUUUCGCGUCAACUUGCAGUUUGCAACAAAUACAGGAAGACCACGAAUUACACUGGCGUUACGUUCUGGGGAUUAUGCCUGGAACCAAAAUUGUGUGUAGCACUUUGGGUUCAAUGGAAGGUGGGAUUGCCAAAGUAUUUUUUUCCUCAUAUGCCCACACCCUUUCUGCCCCCUUUUAAUUUCAAAUUUGCACAAAUUAAAUGUGCACGAAUUAAAUGCGCAUGAGUUGCAGGCUUACUUUACAGUGAAAACAGCAAUAUAUUAACAUUAGCAAAUCAGUUCAUCGGGUCUUUUAAGCAAAGAAACAGCUAUAGUUUAAGACAGCACAAAUACUCAAGUGCGUUGCUGUUACGUAACUGAAAUCCAGUGGUAUUUAUUCCCAAGAGAGAUUAGAGCAGACAUAAACAAACUUGGCCCUCCAGAUGUUUUGGGACUACAACUCUCAUCAUCCCUAGCUUACAGGACCAGUGGUCAGGGAUGAUGGGAGUUGUAGUCCCAAAACUUCUGGAGGGCCGAGUUUGGGGGUGCCUGGAUUACAGUAUCGGACAAGGACCUGGAAGACCAGGGUUCAAAGCCCCAUUGGCCAUGAAACUACUGGGGAACACUGGGCCGGUCACUGCCUCUCAGCAUAAUCUACCUGGCAGGGUUGUUGUGGCGGUUGAAUGAGGGGAACUGUGGUUGCCACCUUGAGCUCUGAAGAGGAAAAGCUUGGAAUUUCAAUGCUAUGAGGAAAUAAAUAAAUAAAAAUUGUGCAUAGGAUUACAGGCCAAAUGGAUUUCCUUUUGACUAGGCGUGACUAUCACUCACUUGUAAGGCUUCAGUUCAAAAUGUAACCCUCAUUAAUGCCGCUCGGUAGGACUUAGCCCUGAGUAAUCAAGCGUAGAAAUACUGUUCCAAGUACCUUUACUUGAGUCAUUUCAGGUUCCUCUGCUGUUGCUUACCUCGUUCAGAUAAAUUGAGUGAAGAGGUUGACGAGGCUGACUUUUAUGAUGAUCUCUACUGCCCUGCUUGUGAUAAAUCCUUUAAGACCGAUAAAGCGUGAGUUUCUCUCUUUUUCUAACCCCCUUGACACCCCCUGAAAAGAAAACUGGCUUUCCUGGGGGAAUAUAUAGACCAUGGGAAGACAAACUAAGGCCCGGGGGCCAGAUGCGGCCCAAUCGCCUUCUAAAUCCGGCCUGUGGACGGUCCAGGAAUCCGUGUGUUUUUACAUGAGUAGAAUGUGUCCAUUAUUUAAAAUUCUGGGUUAUUUGUGGGGCCUACCUGGUGUUCUUACAUGAGUAGAAUGUGUGAUUUUAUUUAAAAUGCAUCUCUGGGUUAUUUGUGAGGCACAGGAAUUUGUUCAUUUCCCCCCCAAAAAUAUAGUCCACCCUCCCAUAAGGUCUGAGGGACAGUGGACCAGCCCCCUGCUGAAAAAGUUUGCUGACCCCUGAUAGAGACCCUUUGCUUGUCACGUGUCUCAGACUUUCUUGGAAGAAAGUUGCAUUGAUUUCCAAGGCGCUUGUCCCAAGUGUGCCUGUGUUUAAUCCACUUCUGCAGUUGUCAGGCUGCUCAGGCCCAGCUGCUCUCUUCAUAACUCCUCUCUGACAACUCUUUGCAGCAUGAAGAACCACGAAAAGUCCAAGAAGCACAGAGAGAUGGUAGCCUUGUUGCGGCAACAACUGGAGGAGGAAGAGAAGGGAUUUUCUGUUGCUGCGGCUGAUGAGAAUGAACUGAAUGCUGACGAGGAAGAGGAGACAGAAGAACUACCCAAACAAAAGUACUUAUUACAAGAUGGGGAAAGAUGUGGCAGAGCAUCUACUUUGCAUGCAAAAUCUCCCGGGUUCAAUCCCAAGCGCCUCCAAGGAGGGAGAGACUUCCCAUCCGAAAUCCUGGAGAGCUGCUGCCAGUCAGUGGAUGCAGCACUGAACUAGAUGGGCCAGUGGCCUCACUCAAUAUAAGGCAGCUUCCUAUGUCUCUCAGCUGUUACUGUAAAAGCUCCUUUGGUAAUGGGAUUUUGUAAAAAUCAAUGUCUUUAAUGCCACUGCUAGGCAGCUGGGAGCGUGUUUGGGGUCACAAAAAAGCAUGGAGCAAGAUUGUCUCCUGCUUGAAUAGUGGUCCCAUGUUCAUGACCAUAAAAGUGAAUGGCUCUUACUUAAGCACUUGCUUUUUCCUCCUCCCUCUGAGUCCUUUUUCCUUGUGUGUCGUGUCUGUCUAGAUUGUGCGUCUGAGAGCAGUGACCAUCUCAGUACUGGUUUUUGUAACCUUUAGGCCCCAGACAAAAACGUUCCUCUUUAACCAGACCUUUGGGUGACUGUCAUCUGAUGCCCUUUUAAAAGUGUUGUGGAAGGGACGCUUAAUGGGUUGUUUUUGUUCUUAUUUUUAUUACGUAUUUUGGGGUUUUUUAAUUAUGUUUUUAUGUUGUGAACCACCCUGAUAAUCUACGGGUAUAGGGUGGUAUACAAAUUCAGUUAAUAAUAACAAUGACAAUAAUUACCUUAAACAGUGCUUCCUUUACCAGGAAAUUUUUUUUAAAAAAAUGAGCAGUACUGACAUCUUAAUACUUUGUUUUUACAGGCUCUCAAAGAAGCAGAGAAAGAAACAAAAACCAAUGAUGGUAAGAAUUUUUUAAUUUAUUUUUUGGGUGUGAAUUUCUGUUGCAUGUUUUGUGUUGCUUAAUCUCCACUAGCAAUGGCUGCAUUCACUCUUGAGUUACACCAUUGCAGAUGCCUUGAGUGCAAAUAAUUUCAGUUUAUGUGUUUAGUUAUGUGGCGUGCAUGGUUAAUCCCCACAACAGAGGCAGCGACUGGCCCAGGGUCUCCCAGGGAACUUCCAGAUUGAGGGAGGACUUGAACCCCGGUUUCCCAGGUCCUAGUCCAACACUCUUUUAAGUGCUGUACCACAUUGGCUUUCACAAUAGGAAACGGCUAAGGCUAUGAGUACAUGAGAACAUAAGAAGUACGUGCUUGAUCAGGCCAAUGGUCCGUCUUGUCCAACAACACUCCUCUUAUAUUCUUAGGCUCUUAUGUUCUUACAUUGGCUUCUGUUAGUAGAUCUGCAGUUGAAGGCAACCUGAAUGAUAUCCUGGCUGCAACCAUUUCUCUCAUUAUGGCUCUUAACACAUGAUGAAAACUGGGCCUUGAGAGCAUCUAAGCCUGGGGGUGGGGGUGGGGCUGCCAAUUCCCUGUGGGGGAUCAUAUUUUGAGGGCCCUUAAGCCAGUGAGGACCGCAAUUGAAGAGGGGGAGCGGACGGGCCAGGGCUGUAGUAAAACCCCUUUGGCUGCCAGGUGACUUCAAGUUGCUGCACUCCCACCAGUGUCCACCAGAGGGCAGGCAGGAACAAAGCAGAGCCCUCUUUUAAGGAGGAAAAAACGGGAACCGUAGUUCCAUCAUUCCUAGGUUAAGGGAAUGGCUUGCCUUGGGCCCUCUCUGUUUCCAGAGUGCAGUUUCUUAAGGUCCCUGCUGCUCCUGGCUGCUCUCCCUUCUGCCCUUCUCCUUCCCUGGUGUGUUUAAAUAGCCAUGGAGGUGACCCACCCUCUCCUUUCCCUUCUGACUGCAGCUCCUGGUUUCUCAGAUGAGAGGAGUGUUGGUUCAGGGAAGGGUGAUUCACUUGGGGCAGAUAAGGGAGUAACCUUGCAGCAGUACUUUCUUCCUGCAAAGAAUGAUGGGAAUUGGGGUUCUGUUAAGGGGUCCCUUGGCUUCCCAGCGUUCCCUAGGAGAAGUUGAUUGCAGAACCAGUUCUGAACCCUCAUGUUUCUGGCAAGCCUGCAUUUGUGGGUGGCCUGAAUCCUCAGUAGAUUGUACCCUGAUAGACUUGCUGCUGGCCAGUCAAAAGUGUUUCCCAGAGUGUGGCUGCUGUCGCAUGUUGACAGCCUCUAGGACAGCCUUUCUCAGCCUGUGGGUCCCCAGCUGUUGUUGAACUACAACUCCCAUCACCCCUAGCUAGCAAGGCCAGAGCUCAGGGAUGAUGGGAGUUGUAGUCCAACAACAUCUGGGGACCUACAGGUUGAGAACCGCUGCUCUGGGAGCUACAGGUGAGAGCUGAGUGCAGGGUGGAGACCACAGGUACUACCCCUGCCCCAACACCCCAUACCCCAGCAGCAUCUGGAACACGGGUGGGAGAACCUCAGGCCUGUGGCCUCCCCAGGAAUCUUGUAUCUGGUCCCUGGCUGCAUGCCUUCCUGAGUCACACCCCACACCAGUCCUGCUUUUCACCCUCCUUGAGUGUUUUUGCCUAGCUGGAAUGUGUCAUUGGACUCUGAUUGUGCCUCCUACUUGCCUGGGCUAGAGAGGAAUGAGUGCAGGUAGAAAAAGUUGCCUUUUGUACAACGGUAACAUUUCACUUUUAUUGCUCUGCUCACUUUUGCCUCUGGCAGGUGGUUCCAAGACGAUUAGUCGGGAGGGAAUGAGGCCCUUGGUCUGAAAAGGAACCCCCACCCCUGAUCUAGGGGGGGGCCACAGGUUUUCCUGUCACCGCUCCAGGGACGGAUCUACACUGGUUGCUUAUAACAUUAAAAGCACAUUAUUAAAAUGUGACACCAGAGGGCGCUGUAGAGCAGCCAGCCUUCGACAGUGGAAAACUGCAUUGAGAGUUACAUAACACUAAAUUUAAUAACGUUUUUACAGAUCAAUGUAGAUCCUGCCUAGAUCUUAGAAUAUGGAUUUCUGCGGUGUCUCUUGGGUGUCACGAAUGCUUCUCUUAUUCAAACAGGCGCAGGAAGACCCUCCCAGCGACAAAAGCCCAGGGGAGCCCCCAGCGGAGUUGUCUACGCAGGCCGGUAGCACCAAGCAGAGCAGCGAGACUGACGAAGCGGGAAACGUCAGCCAAAGCCACAACCUGGAAGAUGCAAGCGCUGGGGAAACUGCAGAGCCCAUCACAGAGCCCAAAGCAGAGGUGAAAAGGUAAGUGUUUAAAGUUGUGGGGAUGCUGGACGCAGCAGUCUGCAAUGCGGUUUGAAUCCUUUGUAGUGCAAUUCAAAUCAUACAGGUGCGUGGGAAGCUGUGUCACUCUGGAUGUUGUUGGGAGUCCUUUUCCCAUCAGCCCCUACCAGCAUUCAGGAAUGGUGUGGGGGGUGUAGCCUGAUGAUAGUUCCCAAAGUGGGCAGUGUAGCCCCUUGCAGGGGCAUCCAAAGUUUUUUUCAAAGAGGGCCAGAUUUGAUAAAGUGAGGGCCGACCAAAGUCGUUGAGCUUUUUUUAGGAUUUUACUCCAAGAAAUAAACUGCCAUAGGGGCCAAAUUAGACCUGCGAAACUGACUUUGGACAUGCCUACGAGGAGCACGGAAGGUGUAAAAUGACUAUCAGACAUCAAAAAGCAUGUGCUGCUCUUACUAUUUAUUCCAUUUAUAUAUUGCCCUUUUUAAGAACACAUUUUGCUGGGCAUAAAAAUAAAAGCAUAAUACAGAGCAUAAGAAUAGACAACAUAAUCAUAACAGUUCCCUCCCCCCACACACAUACAGCAGCUUUAACAGGCCGUAGAUUAUUUAAUGGCCAAAGGCAUUAAAGAAGAAUGUUUAAUGAUGGUGUCAGGUGAGCCUCUCUGGGGAGAGCAUUCCACAGACGUUAAGGUUAUCAGUUUUGUUCCGUUAAUAAAACUAUUUAGUUUUAUUAAUUGGAUUUUGAGUGAAUGUGCAAGUAAUCGUCAUUAUUUUGAAUUUUAUUGUGGUGUUACCUUUCUUAGUUAGCCAUGAAAUGAAUAGUUCUUUUUAUAGGAUGGGGGGCACUGGCAAUGGGUUGGUGGGCCCAAAAAAAGGUUUGGGAGCCACUGGGCUAAAGAGUUGCUGGUGCUCUAUCCCCUGGCAUAAUGGGAUCAUUUUUAAGAAUAUUCUGCAAAGGAUUUUUUUUUUAUGCUAGUUUCAAAGUCCUUGAAUCCUGUUAAUUUAGCUUCCAUCUGUGCCACUGAACUCAAAGAGUGGCUGACCAGGGUGCUCAGAGAUGGCAGUGCAGGGGAAGAAAAUGCCUCUUCUUUUUUUUCUUCUAGCAAUAUGAAAGCGAAAGGGAAGAAAACGAAAGACACAAAGAAAAGCUCUGCUGCAAGAGGAUCUUCAGAGCAUCAAGCAAUGGUAUGUAGAAGCGCUUUAGAUGUGCAUCUUUUUUUACCACCUCUGUCAGCCCCAAGCUGUGUGAGAGGAAGGGAAGGGUAGAUCUCCCAGGGCGGGAGGCAGGGAGAAGGGAAGCUCCCUUGUGAGAAGGUCCACCCCACUUCUGUGUGAGAUAAGGGUUAAGACAGGCAUAGGGAAACUUGGCCCUCCAGAUGUUUUGGGACUACAACUCCCAUCAUCCAUAGCUAACAGACCCGGUGGUCAGGGAUGAUGGGAAUUGUAGUCCCAAAAAAUCCUGGCAACUGUAGUUUAAGAAUACAAGGCAUUGUAGGCCUGCCAUGGGAGAACGAGCUUUCCCAUGAUUCUUUGGAGGAAGUUAUGUGCUCUAAAUAUGUGCUGUGGCUCUGCCCUUGUAAGGUGAAGUUACUGUAUUUUUCGCUCUAUAGGACGCACCGGACCACAGGACACACCCAGUUUUUAGAGGGGGAAGCUUCUCCCAGAGCUUCUCAGGGCUGCGGGGGAAGCCCGGGUUCCCCCCCCCCAGCCCCGAAGAGCAAAGAAGCCAAGAUAGCGAGCGGGAUCCAUCCCGCUCGCUGCCUUGGCUUCUGCCAUAGCCGGGCGCAACCUCUGCAGCCAGGAGAGGCUGCGCAAGGCUAAAGAAGCCAAAACAGUGAGCGGGAUGGAUCGCGCUCGCUGCCUUGGCUUCUUUAGCCUUGCACAGCCUCUCUGGCUGGAGAGGCUACUCGCGGCUAUGGCAAUCCCCCCACCUCCUGCAAAAGCCCACAGGAGCCGCGCACCCUUUAAGGAAUGUGUGGCUCCUGCGGGCUUUUCUACGAGGAGGGAGAAGGGACUGACUGGCCACUUCAGUCCCUUCUCCCUCCUGGAGAAAAGCCCGCAAGAGCCGCACGAAGCUUGUGUGCAGCUCUUGGGGGCUUUUCCUGCCUGCCUCCCCCCUGCAUUCACUCCAUAGGACACACAGACUUUCCCCCUUAGUUUUUAAGAGGGAAAAAGUGUGUCCUAUGGAGUGAAAAAUACGGUAAAUGUUUGUGCUGUUUGCAGGCAAAGAAGGCUCACAAAUCUUCUUCUUCCCCACUGCCAGCAUGAAGCUUCCCUCCAGUGCGUUACCUGCAGCUGCGAGUUCCAGUCGCGGAAUAAGCUCUUCGAACAUUUAAAAGCUACGGGCCACGCCAAAGCAGUCCAAGCGCCAGCCAUGAACGGAGCCGUCAGCAACAGCAGCAGGAGCAAAAAGGAAAAGAGGCGGAACAGAUAACAGGACUUUCUGAGAUGUGCGAGAGGAACUCCUGACCGGUUUAAAGGGCCACCGUGCCAAAGGCCCCUCGCUUACCCCAAGGAGGCGCAGGAUUGGCAGCAUGAAUUAAACAGGGUCAGAAACACCUAGCCCCGUAACACUGUGCUAGCGCAUUGUUUAAAUUGUUCCAUGUUGUUGGGUUUCUGCCCCCACAAAAAAACCCCAGUCCUCCUUUAAAAUCGAUGCCUCAAUUGCGCUAACAUUUUAUAACACCUCCCCCCCCCAAAAGCACAGCUACACCAUUCAUACAAAGAGGAUCUUCCUUACUUGUAAGGAAAGCCAUGUACAGGAAGAAGCAAUAAAUUAUUUUACUGUACACUG